UCUUUAUUAUACAAAAAAAAAAAAGAAAUGAAGGACAAUAAAUUCGUCAUGGGAGAAGAGGAAGAUACAAAUAAGACAACGGCUAGUUCCCACACACAUAAAAAACCUACCCGACAUCAUGUAAAACGACGAUCGAGUGGACGAGUGCAUGUUGCGAAAUUGGCGCCCAUGGCCAGAGCCAAUAGUGCAGCCCAUACGGACUCUGAAGCGGAUUUAGUAGACGACACGAGUAGCAUUGAGCGACCCGUGAUGCGACGCUCUCAAUCUCAACGAUCGUUACAUCGCAUGUCCUUUGACAGAAAGGGUUUCACCACUCUCACACCACGUAAUAAUAAAAAGGCCGCACCUGCUAAAGAAGAAGAAGAAGAAGAAGAAGAGGAAGGUGCUGAAGAAAAGGCCGAGGAAAGUGUGGUAAAGAAAACAUGGAGUAACCCAGCUUCAUUGACUGACAGAGUGGUGGCUGCCCCCGUUGAACAAACAUUGAAUGCAACUGCUGAUAAUUUAGUAGUGCCCAAACAACCCUUGUAUACAAAAAUCGUGUCUCCCGUCAAGACAGAACCCGUGCUAAAGAAGCAAUUGCUUCGCUCACAGUUUAUCACCACCGAUGCCUCCUCAUCAUCAUCACCAUCACUACCACCACCGCAACCACCAGCAGCGCCAAUGAUAGCAGAAGACAAUCUUAGACGAAACUUAUCUCGAACACAGCAAAAAGUCAUGCUACAACGACAACAAGUAUACGAAGAAAAUAAUAAUCGACAUGUGCAAAAAGUGAAUAAAGAAUUAAAUCGAGAAUAUAAAUGUAUCAGACGAUAUCAAGAUCCGAUGAAGGACAGUUUAAUUCGAUGUUUAGAGAGUUUAAUCAAGCAAGAGUCUACAAAAGUCAAUCGAAAUCCACUACAGCAUUCCAUGUCUAGUUCAGUGAUUCCAGUGAUUGCUGCUGCUGCCAUGGUGAAUCAAGUGGAUAACCACAAGAAAUCCUAUGUACCUCAUAUGGAACAGAGGCAAAUAGCACAUCGUCAUCACCAUCUUAAGUCCAUUGCUUUAUCACGCCAUCCUCAUCAACCGUUGGCUUCAUCCGUUGACUCCAAUUCUAAUGAUAAACAUGUAUUGGGCUUUUCAUGGAAUGCUACCACCGCAUUUUUAGACAGGAUGUUUAAUACGAAAUAAAAAAAUUAUAUGUGUGUGUGCG